GAAAUAUUCUCGGGCUAUUCUAGGCAUCGUGGUCCCGAGUGGGAGUCCGACCGGAGAAAAAUGGGUCCCCACCCCCGAAGCUCGGCAGUUCCUUCCCCUCCCCUUGAAUGACUCGACCUACUGAGUCCCUCCCGCACUUGCCCGUUUCACGCCGCGAGUUUGUCGUGAUCUCUGGAAGCCUGCGGGACGACUGAAUAACUAUCGAAGGGGGACGUUUGCGGUGUUGUUAGAGAAGAGGCGCAUUGAUGGAACGGUGUGGGCUAUGGACAUGAUGGAUUGCAUCAUGGGUCAAGGUGCCAACAUGACGACACUCCAUCAGCGCCAUGUGAAAAACUCCAGCGGUGGCCUGGACAACAGCAGCUUGCCACAGGUGAACAUUUCCCAAUGGUUUGCUGGCCCUCCUGUCAGGUCCAUGGCAGUGCCUAUCUUCUCGAUGACGCUGGGAGCCCUGUCCAACAUCAUUGCCCUCUUUAUCCUGCUCAAGAGCUAUGCCAGGUUCCGCCGGAGGUCCAAGGCCACAUUCCUGCUCUUCGCCAGCAGCCUGGUACUCACCGACUUUGCAGGCCACAUCAUUCCUGGUGCUUUGGUGCUCCAAUUCUACUCUGGGAAAAUAGGGAAUGACAGCCACAUAUGCCAGCUUCUGGGAGGCAGCCUGAUCUUCUUUGGCCUCUGCCCGCUCUUCCUUGGUUGCAUCAUGGCAGUGGAGCGAUGCGUAGGCAUCACCAAACCCCUCUUGCACUCAGCGGUGGUCACCUCCACCAGGACUAAACUGGUGAUUGCCAGCCUGUGGGCGCUGGCUGGCAUCGUGGCCAUACUUCCCUUUAUGGGUUUUGGCAGGUACGAGCUCCAAUACUCAAAGACUUGGUGCUUCAUCGCCAUGGGCUCACAGAGCAACUGGAUGGACAGUGGCUUUGCCUUGCUCUUCUCAUUCCUCGGAGUGAGCACGCUCAUUGUGUCCCUGGUCUGCAACACCAUCAGCGGCGUGUCACUCAUCCAGGCACGGAUGAAGAAGAGGAACUACAACCGAAAGGCAAAGUCACAUGACAUUGAAAUGGUUGUCCAGUUGGUUGGGAUCAUGAUGGCUUCGUGUAUCUGUUGGAGCCCUAUGCUGGUGUAUGUGUCUAUUACCCGGAUCCACAAUUGUGAGGACUAUGCUAAGCUCAGCUUACUCGGGGUGAGGAUGGCUUCAUGGAAUCAGAUCUUGGACCCCUGGGUCUACAUUCUUCUGAGACGGGCAGUCCUGAAGAAGAUCUACCAAACUGUCUUAAGAAGGAGUGACAUCAGUAGGACCAUGUUUGACCGAUGGGAGGUCAGCUCCUUCCAGAGCUCUGAUCGAAGUGUGGUCAAGAGGUUUUGAAGGAAAGCUGUGCUCGACCUUUGGAAGUGGUUGCUGUAGAAGGUGGCUGACCUGGAUAUCAUUCAGGUUGAGCCUGGUUCAGUGGAAAAUAGCACACGACGGGAGCUGGACUUUGGCACUGAAAGUGAUUCAGAGGAAAGGGGAAAGUUGACAGUACUUCCCACAGAUGAGGUUUGGUCCCACCCAAGGACAGAACCAUUCAGGAACUCAGUGAGACCAGAGGGCGUUGCAGAUGAGAAGAUUGAGUUCAAAAGGGAAUUGAGUGGAUAGGGUUGGGUGAAACCAUUUUACUGUGGACCAGGACACCAUACUAGAUUGACCCACCACUCAAGGAGACUCAUCUUCUUUUGGUCCUCAGGUUGCGACCACAGAGAAAGACCCUCUUGUGUGAUCGGAGAUGCUACAGGUGGGACGUCAGAGUGUUUUCCUGUUAAAGCAUGGACUUUAUUUAAGAGUUGUAUCAUUAUCCGGCUGUUUGAUGAAUCCAUUCUGAGCACAGAAUACUGAACCACCAUGAAUGAGGCAGUGGACAGCCUCUCCAGGGAAGCCAGAGCAUGAAUAUGGCCUUGGAAGAGAGAGACUCGCAGACCCACAUGAUCCCCUUCCCAUUCCACACCUGGAGUUGUUAAUGGUCUCCUCACCCUUGAUGAGGGUACAAAGGCUGUCAAAGGUUACCAGAAGAAGGCAGGAGAAUGGGGAUGAGAGGGAAAAUAAUUCAGCCAUCGCUGAGUGGCUGAACAAAUGAUGGGCAGAAUGGCCUAAUUCUGUGCCCAAGUCUUAUGGUUCUAACCAUAAGGGGAGCAUUUACAAAAUGAAGAGGGCCUGAUCUGCCCAAGUCUUCUCCACGUGAUGCAAAGCCAUGGGAGAGUGGAGUGUCAGCAGACACUGAGGAGCAGUGGAAGGAAUUGUAAAGAGAUUGCUGGUUGGUGAUUAGCGGGGCAGAGAGAUCAUUUGACUUCCACCCUGGCUGAUCUUGCAUACCAGUGGCUUGAGGUUAACUGGCUGACAUUCUAUUAUUGGGCUUGCCCAUCUCUACAGCCUGCCUUCUCCCCAUAACCUUUGAUACCCUUACUAAUCAAGAACCGAUCAUCCUCCUCUUUAAGUGUCCCCAGUGAAUUGGCCUCCGCAGCCAUCUGCGGUAAUGAAUUCAACAGAUUCACCACCCUCUGGCUAAAGAAAUUCCAACCGAUCUCAGUCCUAAAGAGAUGUCCCUCUAUUUUGAGGCUGUGCCCUCUGGAUCUAGACUCUCCCACUUCUGGAUGCAUCUUCUCCACAUCCUCUCUAUUUAUGCCUUUCAAUUACCUUCUCCAUCACCUGCCCCAAUUCUUUCAAUGCCCAGACAUAUUUUGGUCUCAGCUUUUAAUACACAAGGGCUGAGGCUCCAAGGCCCUCUGGAGAAGGAAAUUACAUAAAUGGGAAGCAACCUCUCCAUUAAUGGGAAGUAACCUCUCAGUUGUCAAUCCUCCUCAGAAGUUCCUACCCUUAACUUUUCACUUGUCUAAUCUUCAAAGUGCAUGGGCCCAUUCCAUUCAACCUCUCCUCAGUGGAAACCUCAUCCCUGAAUUCCCUCUGGUAGAGAGCUUUUCCAGUGGGAAUUAACAUUUUGAGGGAAGAGUCGUUUUAUUGGUGGGAGGGGGGGGUUCUCCGCUAUGAAAGAAAGGUAGCUGGGGUAAUGUUCACAAUGUUCAGCCCACACCUGUAACAUCAAUGUCAUUGGUAGCCAGUGAGAUCCUAAUGGACAAGCCCUCUGUGCUCCACUGGAUUUGCCCCUCUGUGCACCAUUCGAUUUGCUCCUCUGUGCUCCGUUCAAUUUGCCCCUCUGUGCACCAUUCGAUUUGCCCCUCUGUACUCCUUUGGAUUUGCCCCUCUGUACUCCAUUGGAUUUGCCCCUCUGUGCACCAUUUGAUUUGCCCCUCUGUACUCCUUUGGAUUUGCCCCUCUGUGCACCAUUUGAUUUGCCUGUCUGUGCUCUGUUCGAUUUGCCCCUCUGUGCUCCGUUGGAUUUGCCUGUCUGUGCUCCGUUCGAUUUGCCCCUCUGAGCACCAUUUGAUUUGCCCCCUGUGUAUUGCUCGAUUUGUCAGUGACACCUGUGUUGAAAGCAAGCACUCUGCACCUUUUGCUUUCCCUCGUUUCCUGGGAAUCCGGGUAUGUCUGGCUGGCAUCAGUCACACAUCCUGGAUUACCCUUGAGAAGGCGGUGACAAACAGGCUUCCCAAUCAGCUGAGCUGUUUCCCCUCUGGGGAAGCAGGCAGGGGCCCAGAAUUAAAUCCGGUCACAUGGAAGAGACACGUUCAAUUCAGGAUGGUGUGCGAACUCGGUAGUCUCCCCUUGGAUCUGUUACCCUUGCCCUUCCUGGUGGUAGAGGUCCCAGGUUUGGAAGGUGCUCUCGGCGUUCCCUUGGCCAGUAACUGCGGUGCAGUUGGAUCCACGCAAUGAGUAAGGACAUUGUGGUGUGUUGAAAAAGAGAUCUUGCCAUUUUGGAUCCCAGCAAGAGAAAGGUUAAAUCCUUAAAGAGUCCUUUAAGACCAACGGUCGAAGCAUGAACCUGGGCUCACUUUAAGUCAGAUAGUUAUAAAAGAUAGAACAUCGAAAAACAGAGCACAGGACAGGCACUUUAGCCCAUAAACACACGAGAUACAGGAAAUCUUAAGUAACACCACUCAAACUGAAUAGAGGAACUCAGCAAGUCAGUUCUGAUGUAGGGUCUUGGCUUGGAACAUUAACUCUUUAUUUUCCUUCUACAGGCCCUUUGGCACAUGCUGUCUGUGCCCAAUUGAAACUAAUUCCAUCCUCCCGCAAAGUAUCCAUAUUACUCCAUUCCUUGCAUAUUUGUGUGUAUACUUUAGAGCCUGUUAAACACCACUAUCAUGUUUGCUUUGUGCACUACCCAUAGCAGCCCAUUCCAGGCAUCUAUCAUUUGUCCCGCUCAUCUCAUUUAAACUUGGUCCUCACCCAUCACUUUAAACGCACGUCCCUCAUAUUAGCCAUUGGUACACUGGGAGAAGGAUUCUAUCUACCCUAUUUAUGCCUCUCAUAAUUUUAUAAACAUCCAUCAGGACUUCCAUCAGCCUCUGCUGCUGCAGAGAAUACAACCCAAUUUUGUCCAAGCUCUCCUGAUAGCUCAGGUGCUCUAAUCCAGGCAGCUGCUAGUAAACUUCUUUGGUAUCCUUUCUAAAGCCUCCACACCCUUCCAUGAUGGCCAGGGGAUUUGAGUUGACGGAGAGAUUGAGGUGCUAAACAAAAAGCCCCAUCUUCUCCCUUAGGAGAUACACAAUAUCUCAUGGGAAUACUUCAAUGGAGAGCAUAGGAAAUCCUAUUGGCACCAACCAAUGUGUUUCAAAUGCAGACCUUUCAUGCCUAUCCGCUGUAGUUCUUGGAAAGCUUGCUCGGAAAUUCUUGUUACAUUAGCAGUUGCACUGUUCUGUUGCAAAACUCUACGUAAGGCAACCUUCAUCCUUCUCCUACAAAGUAGACAUGUUCCCUGCAAAGGGCCACAUACCAAAAAAUAUUAAAAGGUCACUGUUUACUAGAAAGUUCCAAGUACAUAAGGAGUCUACAUAGUGACUUAUCACGUGAAGGAGACAUGUCUUCCACACAACAGUUGUUGACUUUGAACUCCUUAGAUCACUGCACUUUAUCUCACAAAAGUAGCACUUAGAAUGAAAUAUCUAUACUUGCUACGAUCUCAGUACUGUUUACCUGUGUUCAAAAUGGCAAAUAAUAACUUCAGCUGUAAGAAUUUAAAUGUAUCUAUAGAAAAUGAAUAUAUUUAAGAACUAUUAAAAAUGUUUUUUAAGGAAAUAUAUUGUGCUGUGUAUUUUUGUAUUGUGGGCUA